UUAGAUGGCUGCUCAGUGAAUUUCUACUUGAAGCACUUUUGUGAAACACAAGCAACAUGAACAUAAACAGCAAUACGUUAUAUGCGAGAGGUAAAAGUGUAUCAGAAGAGGCUCUUCAUUCCAAAUUGGAAGAACAAGAUGGGACUGAUGAGGACAUGGAGCCAUAUUUAGUAAGAAGGCUUUCAUGUAGGACUAUUCAUCUACCUCCUUUGGCUUUUAGACUAGCAGAACAAGCAGAAUGGGACAAAAAAGGAGAUUCUGAAAGUCCACAACGGCCAACUUCACUUGCACUGAGGAUACCGCCAUUGAUUGCAAUUACAUCUGCAGACAACACAAGGUAGGGAUGGAUUUUUUAAAUGUUUGUUAAAUUGCUUCUGCUUUCCAUGAAAGCAUUGGAUUUGUUUUGGACAUAUUUGGCCACUAGUAUGUGCUGCAAUGAAUGCUACUACCUUUCCAUGUAUUCACAUUAUAGACUAGUAAUAGCAAUUCCAAGUUUAUUCUGCUAUACUACCUAAAAAAAAAUGUUAUAGCUUUUCCAGUUUUAUGAACACAAUACAACCGAGAGUGUUAGGCCUCGUACACACGACCGAGUUUCUC